CUUCACUGAGUUGGCACAGGGCGGACAGAUACAACUGUGUAUCGUCCACAUAUUGGUGAUAUUUAAUCUUGUGCCGGCGUAUGAUCUCACCAUUUUUAGAAAUAAUCUUGAGGAAAGAUUUCUUGAAUUUAGAUGGGACAAUGCAUCAUUAAGAAACUAGAUAGAUAUAGAACAGUAAACUGGUGGACCCGCAGACCAGAUACGUCACACGCAGGCCAUGCCCACCCCAGCUCCGUGAAGGCAAAAUAUGUCAUGAUAUGUCAUGUGACAUUGAUGUGGCGAGUUUGACACUGGUAAUAUACAAAGAUAUACAGUAGAUAUUGUCCUGAAAAAAAUAGUCAGUUAACCAAAAAUUAGCAAGAUCUAUACCAAAUGUUAUGACUAAAUCAUCUUUUUGUCAAAUGACUUUUUGCCAAUAAAGAGCAUAUUAAAAAAACAGCUCUAAAAGAUUACUUCGUCUGUGAUAUGAGAACUCACUUUGUGUAAGUCUGAAUGAAGGGCUUGAAAAUCUAUUUUUAUAAAGAUGCAUCUUGUAAUUAGUUGCAACGUAAUGUGCUCUAUUGUCAUUUUGUAUGAAAGACAUUGAAGUGCUAAUAGGAACUUUGAGGUAUCCCUUAUGUGCAUGGAAGCAAAGAAUUUUUACAUAGUUGCUACAAGUGAACUCUGGAUACUUGGGCAGCUGUGAAGAUUAAUUAAACAUAAAUUCACAUUUUUAUAAAAAAAAUGUUGAUAAUCCUACUCAUAUUGGCACAAUUUUCUUACUUGGUGACUAAUAGGCUGAGAAAAAAUUCAGAAUAGCAAUGAUCUUUUCUCUGUAGAAAAAAAAUAUUCUUGAAGCUGUUCCAGUGUAAAAGCCAACACUUGUUGGAGAACAGGUAAUUAGUGUAAGAGCACGUUUCAUAAAACCUAAUCAAUUCUGGAACAUAAACCCAAUUAGUUUAAUUUUCCAGAUGUUACCAUUGGAUAAACCACUAGCUGCACUUCAUAGCAAUCCAGGAUUGACCUGAUCCCUUCUAGUCACCUCACAGAAUUAAUCUUUAAACUUCAGUACAUCUCUGUUUUUCAAAUAUAGAAGUUUAAAUAUAAACAGUUUCCAUAUGUAACUCUUAAAUGUUUAUAAAUGUUCCAGGUUUGAUUAAUUCAGAAGGAGCUUACUGUUCUGGUACAAGAUGGGAUGUUUAAAACAUCGCUUAGAAUUAUUUCCUGACUGCCUUGUGACUGUUAUCCUAUUUAAUGGUGUGAAAAAUGCUGCUACUCUGCGGAGAAAAGCAAUGGAAGGUGCUAUCGAUGGAGCAUUAAUUAAUCCUUCAAUGGUUGUUGAUCCUUUUCAGAUACUAGUAGCCGCAAAUAAAGCUGUUCAUCUCUACAAAAUUGGCAAAAUGAAGACAAGAACACUUAAUGCUGAAAUCAUAUUCAACCUUUCACCGAACAAUAAUCCUCCAGCUGCAGCUCCCCAUUUUACUGGAGACCAAAGCAUAAUCAAAGCAGAAGAGCCAUGGUGGUUCAGUGGUUAGAAUGCAGUAUUGUACACUGAUCCUGCCCAUUGCCAGGAGUU